AUGCAGCUCAAAUCCCUCCUCCUCCUUGCGACCACCAACCUCAUUUCCAGCGCAACAGCCGCCAAAAUAGCAACCCAAUCCGAUGCCGACGCCCUCGCAGCCACCGUCACAGACGGCCUUGAGGUUUCAUCCUCUUACACCGGCGACCUGAUCAUUCCGGCCGUCACCACCGUGGUGGGAAACAUCACCUACAGCGGCCCUGAUCUAAUCAAUUUCUCAGCCCCGGUGUUAUCGGUUGUUGUGGGCACGUUUAAUUUUACGGGAGCUUUUAGAUCAUUGUCGGUGCCGAAUGUUACGCAAAUCACGGAGGCGCUCAUUGUCGAGACGAGUAAUACUUCAUUCGAUUGUUCUCCAUUUCAGAAGUUGCAGCGCGAUGGAAUUGUUGGGGGGCAGUUCACAUGUACAGUUUGA